CACGACAACGGGAAAGUAGUUUGGAAUCCACCGGCAAUUUAUAAAAGUUCGUGUAAUAUAGAUAUCAAUUACUUCCCAUUUGAUCAGCAGGAAUGCUUUAUGAAAUUCGGGAGCUGGACAUACGAUGGCGAUAAAGUGGAUCUAAAACAUAUGAAUACAAUUGAUACGAUAGACUCAGAUGCAGAGAGUGUUGUUGAUUAUGGCAUGGAUUUAUCGGAAUUCUAUAUCAAUGUCGAGUGGGAUAUCAUGACAGUGCCGGCCAUGAAGAGGAUUAAGUAUUAUAGCUGUUGUCCCGAACCCUAUAUUGACGUCACUUUCAAUAUUACUCUCCGAAGAAAGACAUUGUUUUAUACGGUAAAUCUCAUCAUUCCUUGUGUCGGCAUAUCAUGUCUUUCAGUACUCGUCUUUUAUUUGCCCUCAGAUUCCGGAGAAAAG